CGGAGGCUGUAGUCUCGCUUCUUCUCAACCUGUGUUCUGACUGUGGCCUGUGCGUCAGGCCAUGGAGAUUUGUGGGAAAGCGAGAAGAGAAGAUUGUCCCUUAACAGUUUUGAGCCUAAAUACACUUCACUAGUGUUGCAUGAGUUAGAAAACAAUACUGCUCUGUAAUCUGUAAUGUUAUGCUAUUUCUUUUUUUAUGCGUCAUUUAGAUAGCUUUAGGCCAUUGUCUGAUUGUCUUGUUGAUGAAUGUCCAUUUUGAAAUAAAUGAUUGGUUUACCAUAACAGUUAAUGGUAGUAGUAGUAGACUACUACUACUACUACUACUACUACUACCAUUAACUGUUAUGGUAAACCAAUCGUACUACUACUACUACUAGUAGUAACAGUUCCUAUGAUUAUCAGCAUGCUGUGUUGUAACUAGUCAAGUCACUUUUAUUUAUAUAGCACAUUUAAAAACAACAGGAGUUGACCCAAAGCGCUUUACAUUUGCAGAAGUCAGGGUUGGGCAGGACAGUUGUUGAAAGGGGCCCAGGGAUACACAGGUCUUGACUAAAAAAGAAAUGCAUAAAAUAAGUAGAAAAUAAGUAGAAAGAAAGCAAUAAAAUGGUAAGAACAAGGUUUAUGGUGUUAAGGGUUGUUAAAAGCAAGAGUGAAAAGGUAUGUCUUUAAAUUAGACUUAAAACUGGCAAGGGUGGUAGAGGACUUGAUGUGGGGUGGAAGGGGAUUCCAUAGGUUUGGGCCAGCAACAGGGAAUGCCUGGUCACCUUUCGUUUUAAGGCGUGUACGGGGGACAGAUAGGAGCUUUUUUGUGGAUGACCGGGUAACUAGUAACUUAUUCUACCACUUACGGCUCUAAAAGGUGUGCAUUAGUGUUCGCCAGCAUGUGUGUGUGUAAUAAUUAAUUACCCUUUGGUAAUUUGUGUGAGUUGUAACCGUGGUUACAAGCGACUUGGGACCAAAGUCCAACAAGACAAGACUUACUUGCCAGGAAGUGCUUUUUUGGCAGUCACACACUCAGGGACACUCAUACGCUCAGCGCUAGCGGGUGUGUGUGUGUGCGUGUGUGUGUGUGUGCUUGGACAGGGAUGGAGCAUGCUGUUCUUCUGCUAUGCCUGACUCUGGCUGGUGUGGCACCUGCCUCUGCUACUCAACCGGCCGAAUGGAUAGGGAGCCUUCUGCUGGCCGUGCAGAAGCGCCCCUGGCUCCUGGGGGUCUAUGUCUUUGUCGUCGGCCUGCCCGCCAUCCUCUUCAUCAGCUUCAUGUGGCCUGACGUGAGGUUUGGACCACCAAAUCAAGAUUACUACUAUAAGAAGUCAGACGACGUGCAACCAGACGACCCUGAGGCGUCAGAGGUCAAACCAACGCUGGAGACGGACGAGAGGGUCGACAGAGCUCUGACUAAGAGGAAGUAGACCAGCAGCCAAAACCCCUCAGGAAUCUCAAGGGGCCGGGAAGAAGAGAAAUAUGAAGCAGAUGAAAGCGAUGAUGAUGCUCUCGGAGUGUCAGUUCUCUCUGUACUGACAAUGUGAACCUGUUAGUAUUCACCAGUAUCACUGUCAAUAUAAAGAUGUUACACACGUCCUUUUGUCUAAGUCAUAUUCUUUCAAGGAGGUAACAUACGCUAUCUCCAAUUAUGAUCAAUUUACAAAUCGCUCCUUAUUAAUUUAAUUAUAUUAUAUAUGUAUUAUAUAUAUUGCUUAGACCUUAGAGCAUUGGGGCUUCCUGAUGAUAAUAAGGGCCUAAUGAUAAUCAGACCCUGUGCCGGAACAAUCCAUUCUUCUCCUGGAUGCCCUGAUGCAGAAAAUACUCCUAACACACGUCACUAUGGCAACGUGCCACAAAUACAUCUCCAUGACAAGUAUCAAACAUCGGCCAAUCAGCAGCCUUGUGACAGUCUCCAUUAAUAAUCAAAUUCCUCCAGUCCUCCUUACAAAAAGAGAUGGAACACGCGGUUUUGGAAAAGCUUAAUUGCCAAUUAAUUGAAAUUUUGAUGAUGGAAAUGGAAUUCAGUCAAUUGAAGUCUUUGCAUGUAGAAAGUUUAGAUAUAUCACAUUUAAUGUCAUCAUAAAGACAUUUCAUUUGUGUGGAUGUUGGCUGGUUUAAGCAGCCUCACCUAGCUAGAGUCAGACUGAUUGGACUCAGGGGAUGGGUGAACCAGCCAUCUCCACACACACUCUGGGAGAUCUCCUGCAUUGCAGCAUGGAGGGCCAUAAACAUAUCUCACAGUCAUGUCUCAUAGUCAUGUCUAUAGUCAAUCAACCUCCGGUUAAUACGUUUUCCAUUACCACCAUCCAGGUCCUUGUAUGGAGUAAAAGUCAGCUUGAUUGAUUGUGGCAGCAACCUAGGGGGCAUAGCGUGUAUAUUUAAGAUUUGGAUUAAUCGUUCUGGUCAUUGCAACAUUUAUUUGAGUGCUGUGUAUUUUAAUGUUUGGCGUCUAUAACCUUCACCUAUCAUUCCUGAUAGCCAGCUUGUUAGAAUGAAAUUAAGCAUUAACUUCAAAUCCAUUAUAAUCGAUAAUGCUGAAAUGUUUCCUGAAUCCCUUGCUCCAAUGAUAUGUUCACAGACAUGUCAGUGAUGUGUUUACCAGAAGCAGCCGUUGGUACCUGGGUCAGUAGUUUGGCUGAAGGAAUGGAAAGUCUGUCCACAGCUGGCAUUUGGAGGAGGAGGGAGGGAACAGCAGACUGAUACGAGGGAAUGUAAUGUUUUUGCAAUAGCACAUUUAUAAAUGUCCAUGUUCUGUUGUAAUGCAAAGCACAUCCUCCCAUCACUGGUUCAGAACCACUCCCCUGAACCAGCUCCCCCCAGUUCGGAUUUAUAGCCGUGAACAAUCCGGUAUUCCUUCAGUUCUCCUGCUACCUCGUAGAGAGGAACACCUUCAUCUCAGAACAUUGCUUCUCCCUGGAACAAAGACUCCAAAGAGGAUUAAAUGGAAACAUACACUGCAUUUACACAAAAUACGUCAAAGAGGAUUGACUGAACAGAAACUUUGAGUUUACUCAUUAGAAUUGCAUAGUUUCAACAGGAAAACCCACAGGCGCUCUUAUUUGUACUGGUGCACUGUUGUACUGCUGGGACUCAGGAGACACGGGAUGGCAGGCCGGACAUGCCUCAUCGUAGGAGUGAUGCUGUUGGCAGCUGCAGCCCCAGCUCUGGCUCAAGAUCCAGCCAGUUGUGCCGAGGAGCUGCUCCUGGUUCAGGCACGGGAGAGGUACCUGAAGUACCGAGUGGAGAGACAGGAGGCUCUCCUGAACAGGCUGCAGUUGCUGUGCAACAAGGACCCCCCUCAGAGAGAUUGCGCAGAUGUGUUCACCUCUGGUUCCAAAACCAGCGGUCUCUACGCCAUCCGGCCAUUGGGCAGCCCGGCGCCGGUGCAAGCCUACUGCGACAUGAGUGACGGGGGGGGAUGGACGGUCGUACAGAGACGGAUCGACGGCUCGGAGCUCUUCAACAGGUCGUGGACUGAGUAUAAGAAUGGCUUUGGAGACAAGUCUGAAGAGUUCUGGUUUGGAAACGACAUCCUACAUUACCUCACAGACCAAGGGAGCUACUCUGUGAGGAUCAACCUGGGAGACUUUGAGGGCAGCCAAAGCUACGCUGAGUACAAUGACUUCAAAGUGGGACCUGAGGAGAGCGACUACCUGCUGUCCUUCGGUGCCUACUCGGGCACGGCCGGAGACGCGCUGUCUGGCAACUACCGGACGGGCGUGUCACUUUGGGCCAGCCACCAGGGGGCGAAGUUCACCACGUACGACCGGGACAACGACAACCUCGCCUGGGGGAAUUGUGCCCAAGAGGACAAGGGAGGCUGGUGGUUCAAUCGGUGCCAUUCAGCCCAUCUUAACGGACUCUACUACCCGAGUGGUCCCUACAGCGCUGUCACUGACGACGGCAUUGUAUGGGUCACCUGGAGAGGCUGGUGGUAUUCUCUCAAGACCACCGUCAUGAAGCUGCGACCCGCUGACUUCAAAGAGGACCCCUCAACGACCUGAACGAUGUGUAGCCCAGCUGUCCCAAACGAUUAUUAUUUAUUUUUUUAAUGAUUAAUCUAGCGAUUAUUUUUUCGAUUAGUCGACUAAUCUAACGACUAAUUUUACGAUUAAUCUAACGAUUAUUACUUCAGUUACCGAUUAUUUCACAUUACUUCAUCAAUGUAACUUUCCACACAAUAUGGAUAUCAAAACAUUUGUUGUUAAAAUAUAGAUUAGAUUAGAUUUCUUUAUUGUCCUUGUUGAACAGAGUUAAUCAACGAAAUUAAGUUUAGAGCAUCACCACUGGCAUAGUAUAUAAAUAUAAAUAUAUUAAUAAAUAAAUAAUAGAUAAAUAAAUAAAUAAAUAUCAACAUUUAUUAAACAUUUCUUUAACAUGCCACUUUUUUGUGCAAUACCAUUGUGCAAACACGGCACUUAAAUUGUGCAAACUGCAAAAUGGUGCAUUUUGAUGUCACCCUCCCCCGGUGUAACACAGAACGCCAGAGGAAGUAUUUUCUUCCUGUGGCCAUCAGACUGUUUGAUGCAUCUACCUCCGGCUGCAGAAGGGACCGUGGAGACACUAUGCCCUGAGACCAAUGUCACUUUAUUUAUUUAUUUAAUUAUUUUUACCCAAUUUAUUUAUUUAUUUUUUUACACAAUUUUCAAUUAAUCACUUUAGUUAAUUUAUGCUGCCAACAAUUGCUGCUAUAAUAUUUUAUCACUUUACCACUUUUAUCCAAUCGCUCCUUUUCACUUAUUUAGUUUGUACUUAUUUUAUUUCCAUCUAUUUUAUCUAUUUUGACUCUAACUCUGUAUUACUUACCCACCUUUGUAUUGUAACUGUUGCACAAUAAUUUCCCUCGGAAUAAAUAAAGCAUCUUGAAUCUUGAA